AUGACUCUAAGCAUUAGAGAUUUUCUAUCCGAUUCUGAUCAUACGAAUGUUGAUCAUUCUCAAGCGUUUCAAGACGCAUGGAAAGCGCUAUGUGGAGCAAAGGAGAAUGAGGCAAAUUCUCUUGUAAUUCAUGCCAACGAGACGUAUACCAUACUACCACAAUUGUUUCAAGGUCCUUGUGUAUCUCGUAAUCUUCAUAUUCAGAUUGAUGGAAAAAUUGAAGCGCCGACAAUGGUAAAAGGGUGGGGAAGCAAAAAAAGUGAAUAUUGGUUAUGUUUUGAAAAGGUGACAGGUCUUGUUCUCAAUGGAUCUGGUGUCCUCAAUACACAUGGAGGAAAUUGGUGGUCUUCUGUUGAGGUGUACUCCCGACCAGAGGCAGUGAGAUUCUUUGCGUGUAAUGACAUUAUCUAUAAUGGAAUAACUCAAAUGGAUAGUCCGAAGAAUCACAUUUCAGUUCUUAAUUGCGUCAAUGCAACUAUUUCAAAUCUUCGCCUAAUCGCCCCUGCAAACAGUCCAAAUACCGAUGGCAUUGAUAUUUGCCUUUCACACAAUAUCCAUAUUUUCGACUCGUCAAUCGAAACCGGUGAUGAUUGUGUUGCGAUUAACGGCAGCUCGUACGAUAUCAACAUUACUCGUGUGGCAUGUGGUCCGGGUCAUGGCAUAAGUAUAGGAAGUUUGGGGAAAGGAGGGGCCAUGGACACAGUACAAAACGUGAAUGUAAGAGAUUGUACCUUCAGUGGAACGGCGAAUGGCGCAAGAAUUAAGACCUGGCCUGGCGGACGAGGGUUUGCCAAAAAUAUUUUGUACGAGAAUAUUACGUUGAUAAAUGCCAAAUUCCCCAUCAUCAUCGAUCAACACUACUGUGAUGGUGGUUCCUGUAAACCAGCAGGGGGCACUGCGGUGAAAGUGAGCGACGUGACAUUCAAAUAUUUCAAAGGGACAUGUAGUGGAGAAAGUGAUGCAAUAAAACUAGAUUGUGACAAGAAUGUAGGUUGCGAUAACAUCGUUAUGGAACACAUCAAUAUCACUUCUUCAUCUCCGAAAACGCUUCUCCACGCGUUUUGCCAAUUCGCACAUGUAAUUAGCCGCUUUGUAAGCAUUGAUAUCAAGUGUGACGCUCAUGAUCAUAAAGAUCCUCAACCUCCAUCACCGUUUCCUGCUCUAGCUCCGUCAACACCAUAUGCAAAACCUCCGUCGCCGGAUGCUCAACCUCCAACACCGAUUGCUCAACCUCCAUUAUUCAGCUUUCCUUUUCUAUACUUUGAUUAA